AUCGUGAUGUUGCUGGCGAUAAUUUUCUUAAUGACGUCGAUGUCGACGACGAUAACAACGACGACGAGCAACGCGACCGACGGCAAGAUUGUCGGGACAAAUUAUCCGUCGGUUCCGACGGAGGGCGAAAAGAAUUUGAGAAUCACAUUGAACUACGUCCGAAGCAAGCGGGAAUUUUAUCCGCCGAUAUUUUCUCUCGUCUCUUCCGACGGACGAUCCAAUUACGCGGACUUCGUGUCCGACUACGUGGCGAGCGAGUCGAUUGUCAGCUACAGGAUCACAACGAGCCACUUUUCGCGACGGUGCGCCUGGCAGAAUCGCGUCGAUCUCACGUGGAUCUUCAUCGUCGACGACAUCGAGAUUCUGAACUCUCUGAUACGGGAGCAGGAUCACAUCUGGAAAGCGACCAAUCAGUAUCUGGUGAUCGUCACCGUCGGAGCGAAUUUGUCGCGAGAUAUGUUUCGCGCCGUCUGGCAAACCUACAGCGUCUACAGAAUCGUCGUUAUCUCGAUGCUGGACGGAUUUCGAUGUCUGAGCAGAUAUCUGCCGUUCGAGAAAAAUCCGCGAAACGAGUACGGCGUCGUGCGCAAGAACUGCUUGGAGACGGAUCGUCGUCGGGACGACAACGUCGAGCUUUACAGCAGUUUGGACAAUCUCAAUCAGUACCCGUUGCGCGUGGUCGUGUUCAAUUCGACGAUGAUGAACGUCACGUACGACGCAAACACGGGAAAACCGAGAUUUCGCAAACUCGACGCGAACGCGAUGUUGGUGCUCGAAAAAAUGAUGGGAGCCAGGUUCGAUUACAACGUGUUCGCCAAUUUAGCCAAGAGAGAUCCGUUUCAGAGUACUCUUAGAUUCAUCGAGAACGGCGAGGCGGACAUGAUCGUCACCGCUUUCAUCACCAAUCAGUACAGGGAGUAUCGACGAUACGAGUUCACGGCGGGCGUUUACGAGGACAAGUUGUGUUUCAUCGCGCCUACAGCCGGUUUCGUGCCCAAAUCCUACAUGCCGGUAAUGCCGUUCGCGUCCGAUCUGUGGAUCGCCCUGGCGGUCUACAACGUUCUCGUGUCCGCUCUGUGGCUUCUCCUCAAUCACUUCGGCAAGUCGCUAAGUCGUCGGGAACCCGUCGUCGAUCUUCCCUCAGCCGGAACGACAGUUUCUUCGCGUCGUCGAUCAUCAUCGGAUUCGCCGCCCCGGAUCAAUCCUUGCGUCUUGUCGUGCUUCGACCUCGUCGAGACCAUGUGUUACCCGUUGAAGGAAGACGCCGACACCGACAGCGCCCAGAAAGCCCUGUUGAUCGGCACGCUUUUCUUCGGCCUCGUCGUAACCGGUCUCUAUCAAAGCUGUCUCGUGUCCAGUCUGAGCAAUCCUUUUCACUAUCCCGAGCUGAACACUCUUGAGCAAGUCGCCGACUCCAACUACACCAUAAUCACCAAGUACGCCAACUUGAAGGAAAACACAUUCACGAACAACGACACGUUGGACGUGAAAUUGCAGAGCAAGUUCAAGGUGGUCACGUCGAACAAACCGACCAUCGAAUUGGUUGCUCUCAACAAGAAAUCGAUCGCGUUCACGCGUUACUCGUCGAUCGAGCUCGAAGAUCAGUCCAUGUAUUACGACGCGGACGGCAACAACAUGCUCCACGUAGUCGAUGAGUGUCCGACCACUUCUCUGUUGUCUUACGUGAUAAGACUUUACUCGCCUUAUCGGGAAAAGGUCGACGAGUUGAUAUUAAGAAUGCAGCAGGCGGGUCUGAUCUCAAUGUGGUACGAGAACUUGACGUAUCCGAUAUACGCUCUCGAGCAAAGACGAAAGAUGGAGAAGAGCGAGAGAAAGAUCAAACUCACCAUGGAGCAUUACUCCCUCACGUUCGUCGGAUUGUUGAUCGGGUUGCUUUCCUGCGUCGUUCUGUUCCUCGCCGAGCUGUACUACGCCAAGAGAAGUUUCAAUCACCGACACGAGAACAGGAGUUUUCUUACUAACGAAGAAAAAUGACUUCUCUCGCGCGGUGCGUCAAUUCGUUCCAAGUUUUUUUUUUUUUAAUUUCUGGUUGUUCUUAAAAAUUUAAUCCAAUUUAAUCGCGACGUGCAAUAAUUUUUCUCUCGAAAUUACGUUACGUUUUCCGAAUAUCCUUCUUGUCUUCUCUAGUUACAAAACGAUCUUUCAGCGACUUCUAUAAUUUCGUAAACGAAGGCGAAAAAGUUUUGACUUUUUCGAUAAGUUUGUGUUUCCGCGAAACGGAUAAAAUUACACAUCGCGCGAAAUUGCGCGCGGACACAACUCGAAACUUUCUCGCGGUUAAAGCGAGAAAGUUUCAUACGCGUGAUUAAUUGGACCCGCGAACAAAUUACCGCGGAUACUCGCGUGACAAUAAUGAACGUGGAUCGCGAAUUGAUUUUGAUCAAAGUUCGUUCGCAGAACGAAGUAGUUUGCAGGGCCGGCGAUCAGUAUGUGGUGAGAAAUAGGGGAGUACUCCGCACAUGUGUGAACUUGACGUGUGUGGAAUUUACGUCGAUCAAUCGAAUUGUAUGUUUGCCAAAAGAUAUUUAUCGAAAAAUGUUAAUAGAUCAAACUCCUUGUUUUCUAAAAGAUAGGUUUGAAAACGAAGCACUGUCGUUCGUAAGAAAACGGUUUAUAAUUAAUAGCGAGUCCGACGAUAUGGUUUAUAACAAAUUUUUACAAUACCGCGAUAAAGAAGAUUAUCUUGAUCCCAAAAGAUUAGAAUUGCAUCGCGAAAUUUGUCUCGACAUAAUGCGUAAUCGCGAAUUAAAAGCCAACAGUUUGAAUUAAUGUAGUUAACUUUAUAAAAAGUAACUUAUCACUUUUAAGCAUCGCGUUUGAGAGAGUUUGUAAAACUAAAAAAUUACUACUUGUU